UGUGGUCCGUGCGGAGGCUGACCAUUUCACCAUCGCGUUCACAGACUCGCAAGGUGUGGUCUAUUGCAUGAGCACAGGCAGUCCGGAUGGGGAUUUGCAGGCCGAGCUGAUUCGCACCUACAUGCAUGUGAGCGAGUUUGCGAUCCCGUUAGCCACACUGUUCCGAAAGUUUGCCAAACUUAGUUUUCUGGAUCUCCCGAUGAACUGGACAUUCUCCCCACCAGUUUUGUCGAUUCUGGUGAUUUUCUAUUUGCAACACUGCACCCCACCACAACUGCCCAAUUUGCAAGCCCUAUACCAGGCACAUCAGUCCGAACUACCCCCGGGGUCAUUUCGAAAGGUUUACUUCAACGAAGAAGAUCUCUCCUUUCUGACUGAUGUAUCCUUGAUCAAGCAGUACUGGAACUCUGACUUAAGUAAGUACUUUUGUUAUUUCAAUUAA